CCGGGGUCCGCCGAGCGCGAGAGCUCCGAGCCCCGCCUUCCUCCUGAUGCGCGGCUCAGGGCGUCGCUGCCCGCUCAUCGCUUCUUCGCUCUCGGUUCUCGCGGAGGCCGGGUAGUUCCGAUGCGGAGAGGCAUGUACCCCGAGGACAGGUGAACGCGAUGGAGGAGACGCGGCGAGUGAGAGGGGAUGAUGCUCAGUGAAAUGCACCCCUGCCCUGGCUGGAUCAGAGAAACAAGAAGAGAAAAGAAAUAUCCUGAUCUCUCUACACUGAUGUGCAGGCGGAUGCCACUCUUAGAUUCUCAUGAUGGCAGAUACUGACCUAUCUUCUGUAUGGCCUCUGACUGCACAAGACUUUACCUGUUUCUGUGUGAGAAAUACUGGAGAAGAAAUGAGGGUGGCUGGAUUUCCAGUAACCUGGUUACAGGGACCGGUAACCUUUAAAGAUGUGGCCGUGGAGUUCACUCAGGAAGAGUGGAUGAUGCUGGGCUCCGCUCAGAGAAGUAUGUACAAAGACGUGAUGUUGGAAAACUAUAUAAAUCUCAUCUCGGUGGAAUAUCAGUUAUGCAAGCCUACUGUGAUCUCCCUGUUGGGUCAAGAGACAGGAACUAUGAAAAGAAUUCCUCAAGACACCUAUCCAGACUGGGAGAUUCAGAUUAAAACCAAAGAAUCAACUAAGCAGAAUAUUUUUGGGGAAGAAACAUCCAAUGGGGUGAAAAUGGUAAGAUUCAUAAUGGACGAUUGGUCUUCUACAUUAAAGGAAGACUGGGAAUGCCAUAGGAUCAGAAAACAACACAAGAUCCCAGAGGGUAAUUUGAGGCAAGUUACAUUUACCCAAAAGCAAACAGCAUAUCAAGACAGAGUCUAUGACUGUCAUGAAUUAGAGGAAAACUCCAAACUUAAAUCAAAACUUGUUUUUUCGAAGAGAGUUUCUACCAGCAAACAUUGUUAUAAAUGUUACUUAGAUAUUGAGAGUUUGAAGCACGAUUCAAUCUUAAACAAUUAUGAGAAAAACUCUGUAAGCGAGAAGCUCUGUGAAAAUCAUGAAUAUGAUAGAGCGCUGUGGCAUCUUGAAAGUAUUCAAACAGCACAAAAAGUGUACAUAUGCUCCAAACAUGGUAUAUACUUCAAAAAGAAUAUGCUUCCAAUACGUAACAAUUUUCAUACGGUAGGAAAUUCCUGUGAAUGUAAUAAAAACAAAAUCUUCUGUCAUUCAUCCCUGAAGCAACAGGAACAAUCUCCUACUGGAGAGAAACAUUAUGAAUGUAAUCAGUGCGGAAAAGCCUUCAAAAGGAUUUCUAAUCUUAUUUUGCACGAGAGAAGUCACAUGGGUGAGAAACAAUAUGAAUGUAAAGAAUGUGGGAAAGUCUUCAGUGAUUCCUCAACCCUGAGGAGACAUGUAAGAACUCACACUGGUGAGAAACCCUAUGAAUGUCAUCAAUGCAGAAAAGCUUUCAGUCAAAAAACGUCUCUCAAGGCUCAUGUGAGAACUCACACUGGAGAGAAACCUUAUGAAUGUCAUCAUUGUGGAAAGUCUUUUGGCACAAGUUCUUACCUUAUAGUGCACAAGAGAACUCACACUGGGGAGAAACUCUAUGAAUGCAGUGACUGUGGAAAAGCCUUCAACACAAGCUCUCACCUUAAAGUUCACAAGAAAAUACACACUGGAGAAAAUCUCUAUGAAUGCAACGACUGUGGGAAAGUUUUUAGUGGUCUCUCAUCCCUUAGAAUGCAUGUGAGAACUCACACUGGAGAGAAACCUUAUGAAUGUAAAGAAUGUAGGAAAACCUUCAGUGUUUCCUCUUCCCUUAAAAGACAUGUGAGAACUCACACUGGAGAGAAACCCUACGUAUGUACGCACUGUGGAAAAGCCUUCAGUCAGAGUUCUUCACUUAUGAUACACAAGAGAAUUCAUACUGGGAGAGAAUCCCCGUAAUUGUUGGCAAUGUGGAGUUGCCAUUUUCAUUGUAUCAGGGUAGACCCCAAGCUCAUUAUUUCUGUCCUCUAAAAUAUGCACUUACGGCUGAAAAAUAGUCCUUUAAACACUUCUUUGGCUAUAUAAAACAUUGGUCUGUCACCUUA